AUGGCUGCCCAGAGCUUCAAGUCCAUCAGCUUGGUGAACCGGGUCGGAGCUCUGCCCCGGUUGUGUGAUGUGCUGCGUGUCCUGCAAGAGGAACGGGCCCAGUGUGUGCAGGAGCUCUCCAAAGAGAAGGCAGGAGAGUUGGGCCUGGAGACAGUGUCAGCCAGCACUUUCUCGCCUUCUGCUUCUGCACACACAGUUUAUCAAGGCUGCGAAGGGCUGUGGGACAACAUGAGCUGCUGGCCCUCCUCAGCACCAGCUCAGACGGUGGAAGUGCAAUGUCCGAAGUUCCUCCAAAUGCUCACGGGCAGAAAUGGGUCCCUCUUCAGGAACUGCACCCAGGACGGCUGGUCAGAAACUUUCCCCAGGCCUGACCUGGCCUGCGGCGUCAACAUGAAUGACUCCUCUAACGAGAAGCGGCAUGCGUACCUGCUGAAACUCAAGGUCAUGUACACUGUAGGCUACAGCUCCUCCUUGGCCAUGCUCCUGGUCGCCCUCAGCAUCCUGUGCUCUUUCCGGAGGCUGCACUGCACCCGCAACUACAUCCACAUGCACCUGUUCGUGUCCUUCAUCCUGAGAGCCCUGUCCAACUUCAUCAAGGAUGCGGUACUCUUCCCCUCGGAUGACGUCACCUACUGUGAUGCCCGUAGGGUGGGUUGUAAGCUGGUCAUGAUCUUCUUCCAGUACUGCAUCAUGGCCAACUAUGCAUGGCUGCUGGUGGAAGGCCUCUACCUUCACACGCUCCUCGCCAUCUCCUUCUUCUCUGAGAGGAAGUGCCUGCAGGCCUUUGUGCUCCUCGGAUGGGGUUCUCCAGCCAUUUUUGUUGCUUCAUGGGCUAUCACCAGGCACUUCCUGGAAGACAUUGGAUGCUGGGACAUCAACUCCAACCCUUCCAUCUGGUGGCUCAUCCGAGGGCCUGUGAUUCUGUCCAUCCUGAUCAAUUUCAUCUUUUUCAUAAACAUUCUAAGAAUCCUGAUGAGAAAACUUAGAACCCAAGAAACAAGAGGAAAUGAAAUGAACCAAUAUAAGCGCCUGGCCAAGUCCACCCUCCUGCUGAUCCCCCUCUUCGGCAUCCACUACAUCAUCUUCGCCUUCUCUCCAGAGGACGCCAUGGAAGUCCAGCUCUUCUUUGAAUUGGCCCUGGGCUCCUUCCAGGGGCUGGUGGUUGCUGUCCUCUACUGCUUCCUCAAUGGAGAGGUGCAGCUAGAAGUUCAGAAAAAAUGGCGCCAGUGGCGCCUCCAAGAGUUCCCGCUACGCCCUGUGGCCCUCAGCAACUCCUUCAGCAAUGCCACCAGUGGUGCCACCCACGGCACUAAGACCAGCACCUCGGAGCAGAGCCGGAGCACCCCCAGGGCCAGCAUCAUCUGA